UAAAUAUUAACAUUUAUAAAAGUCGUACCAAAUCCGGAAAGCACUUGUCAUUUAAAUGCUCACCGAAGCCAUCUUUGGCAUCUCCGCAUCUCCUUACCGGCAUCAGCGUCUCUCUCUCCCUUUCUUCCAUCUCUAUCUGGCCUUAAAAUUAGAACUCACGUCAUCGCUGAGGUCUAAGUUUUCCUCGUCUGUGUAAUUUUGUUGCAAUCUGCAAAUGCGUUUCGAAUUUGUUAGCGUUUAGUGGUUAUAUUUUUCUUGUUCUUUGUUCCCAUAUUUUGGUUUUUUAUCAAUUUAAUUCAAUUUUUCCUGGUUUCGCUCGUCAAUCCGUUUGUCGCGUUUGACCGCUGCUCUGUUUAUAUCCGCCUGGAAGUUUGUUAUAUAUCUUUUCUAUCUGAAGAAUCGCCACCUGGGUUUUCUCUCUCUCAUUUGGUGGUUCUUCAAUUUCAGAUGAUGAAUACUGAAAAGGAAAGCUGUGAAGGCACAAAGAUUGUGUCUGAAACAACGGAGAAACAUCAAGUGAGCAUUUCAAAGGAGGGGAAAGGGAAGAGGUUGUGGAAGAAAGUCAAGUACCAGCUAGUGGAAUAUCAUUCCUUGCCUGGUUAUUUGAGAGACAAUGAGUACAUUAUUGGCCAUUACAGAUCUGAAUGGCCAUUGAAGCAGGUUUUACUAAGCAUCUUCAGUAUCCACAACGAGACAUUAAAUGUUUGGACGCAUUUGAUUGGAUUCUUCCUUUUUCUUUCCCUCACUGUAUACACUGCCAUGAAAGUUCCAAAGGUCGUUGAUCUUCAUUCUCUACAACUUCCAGAUGUGUUGAAAGCUGAUUUACACAAACUGCACGAGUGCCUCCCUUCUUUACCUGCCAUGCUUAGUAUGCACAGACUGAGGGAGGAAUUGAAAACGACAUUGCCUUCAAUGGAUUUGCUUCCAUCACUUUCAGGAUGGCACAUCAUGGAUCUUCUAUAUAAUUGUUUGCCAGAUCGAUUCUCCAGUGGCAACCACACCGACCGUAGCAUGAAGGAGGAUGUGGCAAACAUGAUAGCUCCCCUGAUGGUGAGGCCUAUAACCCGAUGGCCAUUUUUCGCUUUUCUGGGUGGUGCCAUGUUUUGCUUGCUAGCCAGCAGCACAUGUCAUCUCCUCUCUUGCCACUCUGAGCGAUUGUCAUACAUUAUGCUUAGGCUUGACUAUGCUGGAAUUGCAGCCCUCAUAGCUACCUCCUUUUACCCUCCUGUUUACUACUCCUUCAUGUGCAACCCAUUCUUCUGCAACCUCUACUUGGGAUUCAUAACCAUCUUGGGAAUUGCCACAAUCUUGGUUUCUCUCUUGCCAAUGUUUCAAUCACCUGAGUUCCGCACCAUUCGAGCAGCUCUCUUCUCUGGCAUGGGCUUGUCUGGGAUAGCACCAAUACUGCAUAAGCUUAUCUUGUUCUGGCAUCAGCCGGAGGCACUCCACACAACUGGCUAUGAAGUUCUGAUGGGAGUUUUAUAUGGGAUUGGAGCAUUGGUUUAUGCUACAAGGAUUCCAGAACGAUGGAUGCCUGGAAAAUUUGAUAUUGCAGGGCACAGUCACCAACUUUUCCAUAUAUUUGUAGUGGCUGGAGCUUAUACUCAUUAUCAUGCAGGUUUGGUUUAUCUCAAGUGGCGAGACCUGGAAGGAUGCUAGAGAAAAAGCAUCCUGAAACUUAAAAAUAAUCAAUUGGCAGAUGAGAUAGUAUAAUAAGUAGGUCUAAGUAGGACUAGAUAUAUGAAUGCAGCGAGAAAGUAGAUUGCUUUGUCCUCCAUUGCAUGUUUUAUAAUUUGUGCGUAAGUAUUUGAAGCAGCAUAUUAAAAAAUUGACGAAUGUUGUCCUUAAUGGCACGGACAAGAGCUCUUCAUUCGUUAAUGGCUAGAUCAAGUUCAUGGGCUGGGCCUGAAGUUUUCGAAGAUGUAACCCGGCACAAUAUGCAGUUAUUUUAUGCCAGUCCAUAAACAGGUCUACUUGUGUAAUUGGAUGCUUAGGAUGAGGCUAAAUGCAUAUCAAAAUAGCCCAAAGUUUAGGAGCUUCUGCAAUUUCAUCCUAUUUUGGUCUUUUUAAUUUUAACUUUUUGUAGUAAUAGCA